UUAAAGUGUAAUGUAGCCGUUGUGCUCGUACACCUUUGAAGAGUCGUAAAUAUGUCGGGCGUCUUAGGAAAAGGCAUUUUAGCCAAUAUUAGGCGUUUGUCUGCUAAACAGACACAGAAUGCUGCUCGUACAAAUAUUUCCACCAGCAAAUCCCUCCAAGUAGUACAGCCGUACACAGAGUACCACGAGUUCCAUUUGCGGGAAUGUAAGAUGUACACUUACAUGAUCUGGGGACUGGUGGCCCCAGGCCUGGCCCUGUACAAGUGGUACAUCAUGACUCACCAUGUGGAGCGUGAACCUCUGCCAGACUUCCCCCAUCUUCACAUAAUGACCAAGCCUUACCCGUGGGGUGAUGGAAAGACCUGUCUUUUCAACUACAAGAUCCAGAAGUUUCACAACCCUGAGGAUUAUGGCCAUCUAAGAACUAGAAAGGAGGAGGAGGACGAGGAUUAGACACCUAAUAUAUCCAGUUCUUUUAUCUGAUAUUUAAUUUGGGAAAAAAGAAUUGCGAUCAAAAUGCUUGAGUGACAUGUAGAACAUUUUGGAAUUCAACAGCAGGUGGAUUUUUGUAGAAUGUUUUAUGUUGAUUAAUAUUAAAUAAAGAGGUUAUAAAAUA